GUCGGCUGCGUGGCGCCGCCCGGAGCGAAGCCGCAUUGCACCGGGGAGCGCAUGGAGCCGGCGGCCGGCCCGGCAGAGGGGGGUUGUGGCCCGAUGGAGGGGGGUACCUCCGCGGGCGGGCAGGAGCCAGGGGAACAGCAGGGCUGGGCGUGGUGGGCUGGCGGCAAUUGGAUGGCGAAGCACCCCACGUUCACAGAAAUGAUGUCCCUUGAUAUAUCUGACAGUGCUCAAAUCUAUGCUGCAUUUGUGGUGUAUCUGGACCUCUUAGAAGGGAGAAACUGGCAUGAAGUGAAGCACGUUGGAUUAGCAGAACUGCAGCUGGUGUGCUUACACGCACGUGAGAAAGAACAGGACAGUUUCCAAGUGAUGGUGCCGGUACCUGUGCACAUAUCCUUGAGCCAUGAGAGGAUCAGAGAAAUCCUGAGGAAGGCAUCCCUCCCACAGGACGACCCUGACACCCCGCUGUCAGUUACUUUGGCCAUAGUUGAGUCAGAUUCCACAACAGUCUACUACAAAGUGACUGAUGGCUUUGUGCUACCAGAUCCUCCUGACGCCGCCGAAGAGGCCAACAAUAAACAGUGGAGGAAGAAAAGAAAGAAGCUUUUCAAAUGAUCAAGGCAAACGGACUUCUCUUGAACUGCUGUCCUCAAACCUAGGCAAACCCAGGAGAGGAGAUGAGGGCUGUGCUGAAGGCUGCCCUCUGUACCUCGAGCUUCUGUUCAGUGAGUGCAGCUGCGCUGUAAUGAAAUGCCACUUAAAGCCUGCCAUGGGUCACACUUUGGGACAGAUUGCUCCUGACUAAUAAAUACACUUGUGAGAUA